UGUACAGAGGCGAGGGGGCAAUAGGAAGUGCGUCUGCGCCUGCGCGGAGGCGCGGAAUUGGACCGUUGUGGCCAUGGCGGAGGCCUACUCGCCGGUGGAGCCCGGCCUGGGCCCCGAGGAGAGCUUCCUCUCGCUGCCGGACCUGCUCAUGUCCCACGAGCGGCUUCCCUGCCGCGCCCAGGCCGCCCUCCCGCGCCUGGCCCUGGCCCUGGGCAAAGCGCCAAGCGACGCCCUGCCUGAGGGCACCAAGCUGGAGCUGCCACUGUGGCUGGCCAAAGGUCUCUACAACAACAAGCAGAAGAUCCUUUCUGUGGAGCUGCCAACUGUUUACAAGGAGAGCUGGAGGACUGUCUUCAGCGCCGACGCCAACGUGGUGGACCUACACAAGCUGGGGCCCUACUACUAUGCCUUUGGCUCCCAAAUGCUGAACUUUGACAGUCCUGAGAAUGCAGAACUUGCGCAGACAAUCCUUCAGACCUUCAUCAGCCGCUUCCGCCGCAUCAUGGACUCCUCCCAGAACGCCUUCAACGAGGACACGUCGGCCUUGGUGGCCCGGCUGGACGAGACGGAGCGGGGCUUGUUCCAGGCCGGGCAGAAGGGGCUGAACGACUUCCAGAGCUGGGAGAUGGGGCAGGCCUCGCAGAUCACGGCCUCCAGCCUGGUCCAGAACUACAGGAAGAGGAAGCACAGCGAGUUGGAUGCCUGAUUGUUUUGGCUCAUCUAGAAACAAUCAUGGCAUGUUUGGGACGGAACGCCCUUCGCCUAAACAUGCUCUGCUGCAGUCUUGUCCAAAGCAGAAACAUUUAAGAAAGGAGUUAAUGUUUUAAUCCCUCUCUUUAAGUGUCCGACAAACUGA